CAGACCUCAGAGCGGUCGAGAUGGAGGAUGGAGGGAGACCUGCGGAGAGGAAGUGCUCCUUCUUGAAUUAUCGGCGGACGAUCUUCUUCCUGUUUUUCUUUAGCUUUUUCGUGAUUCUGUACAGCCUCAACGUGAUCGAGACCUCCAACUCCUGGACUGAGAAAAUAUGGUCCCACUACGUCAACGCCACGUCUCAAAUAAAGCUCCCCAACUCAACUCUGAAAAAGCUCUUCUUCGAUUGGAGCGCCAAAAGGACUACAACCGUCAUGGCUACCUCGACGGCGCCUCCCCUGCCCCCUCCGGACUACAAAUCCCCGGGGGCGUUUUACGUGGAAUACCCUUACAAGUACAAGUUUAUCAUUAACGAACCGACGGGCUGUGAAAAACUGAAGCCGUUUUUAGUUCUGAUCGUUCCUGUCGCGCCUCAGAAUAUCGAAGAUCGCCGGAUAAUUCGCGAGACAUGGGGCGCGCAAAAAACCGUAUCCGACAAAAACAUCGCUGUAUUUUUCCUUCUUGGCCUCGGAAACGCUGACGAAAACGAGUUGUUGAAAGAGAGCAAACAAUAUCAGGACGUCAUUCAAAGCGAUUUCAUGGACUGUUACAAAAAUUUGACGAUAAAAACCAUGGUGAUGAUGGAGUGGUUGGACGCGUACUGCCCGCAGGCUUCGUACGCCAUGAAAAUCGACUCAGAUAUUUUUUUGAACUUGCCGAAACUGAUGGAAAUGCUUCAGAGCGCGCAGAAAACGAACUACCUGAGCGGUUUGGUGGAGCGCGCGGCCAUCGUUCAGCGCUCAACAACCUCCAAGUGGUACAUCCCGCGGGAAGUUUACGACGGGGACACCUUCCCGCCGUACACGCUCGGCCUCGCUUACGUUUUUUCUCGGGAUCUGCCGAAGAAGCUGGUGGAGGCGGCGCGGGAGGUGAAGGCGCUGUGCAUCGAGGACGUGUUUUUGGGGAUGUGCAUGCGUCAUCUGGGUCUUUCGCCAACCGAUCCGACCGUACACGGAGCUUUCCACGUGUUCCCGUUCGCGUACAACAGGUGUCAGUACUCGAGGAUCGUAGCGACGGUUCUGGACGUGCACACGGACCGAAGGCAGCUGUGGAAGGACUUUUCAAAACCAGAGCCGUAUUGCUGAAGGUGCCAAAUUAUGGAAAUUUAACUACUGUGAGAUUUGAGCCAUGUUUUAAUUUUGUUUCCUUCUGAAAAAAAAAAAAAAAAACAGACCUGGAGAAUCCGUGUGUCAUUCGUUCAUUCGUUUUUCAAGAUAAAACCAAAAAUAAGAAACGAAAAAACAACAAUUUUCUUCAUUAUUUGUCUCCAAAGCCAAAAUGAAAAAAUGGACAAUGAUUAGUUUUUUUCAGUUUUCGAUUUUGUGUUUAAAUGAAGAAUGGGAAAAAAAAGGAUAACGGACUGAACCAGUUCUGGGACCAGACCGGAACUCAGACCAGGACUGAGACCGGGACCAAACUGAGACCGAGACUGGGACUAGACCAGGACCAGACCGGGACUGAAACCAGGAGCAGACCAGGACUGAGACCGAGACCAGACCGUUACUGAGACCAUGACUGAAAACGGUUUAGUCCUGGUUUAGUCCUGGUUUAGUCCUGGUUCAGUCCUGGUUUAGUCCUGGUUUAGUUCCGGUUUAGUCCCGGUUUAGACCCGGUUUAGUCCCAAUUUAGACCCGGUUUAGACCUGGUUUAGUCGGUCCAUAUGUGGCGC